UGCGGCGAUAGUCCUAUCGCGUUGAUUCCACCUCUACCGCGUUUUCGGUAAAAGUGGGAAAAGAAAAUAGCAUUUUCCUGAAAGUUUUCCAAAAAACAUCACAACGUAAGAGUAAUCAUGUCCACUGAAGACUUCUACCUACGCUACUACGUCGGCCACAAAGGCAAGUUCGGGCACGAGUUCCUGGAGUUCGAGUUCCGGCCGGAUGGCAAGCUCCGGUACGCCAACAACUCAAACUACAAAAACGACACCAUGAUCCGCAAGGAGGCCUUCGUCCACCAAUCCGUGAUGGAGGAACUGAAGCGCAUCAUUAUUGACUCGGAGAUCAUGCAGGAGGACGAUCUGCCCUGGCCACCACCAGAUCGCGUGGGUCGACAGGAGCUGGAGAUCGUCAUCGGCGACGAGCACAUCUCGUUUACCACAUCAAAAACCGGGUCCUUGGUGGACGUGAAUCGGUCGAAGGACCCAGAGGGCCUGCGCUGCUUUUACUACCUGGUGCAGGAUCUUAAGUGCCUGGUCUUCUCACUCAUCGGCCUGCACUUCAAGAUCAAACCCAUAUAAGCCAUGUAUUCGAAUUUAAGCAUAGCCUAUUUAAAAGACUCAUUGUAUUUUGUAAUGGAGUCCACAAUUCUUGUACUUGUAUUAGCUAUAACGCCGUACGUUUGUGUACAGUUUUCAGUGAAUAAAUAAUGACAAUGGA